UAUGAAGUGUCGACUCGGCAAAUUGCGUUUCAAAGCGAGACUUUAAAGCGUCGUUGAUCAGAUCCGAACUCCAGUGCGACGACGUUGCCAAAAUGCCGAAGGCCAAGCACUUUGACGAGGAUAAACUUCCCUUCCUCUUGGAUGAAAGCAAAUGCAAGAUACUUGAUUUUUCGUAUAUGUACAUUGAAAAUACGAUUCAGGGCGCGCAAUACAACACGCCAAUCGUCAAAGGCGUCGCGAAUCAAUUAAGAAGAUGGCCAAAUGAUCUCUUCACCUUGUUUAUGACAGCAUGCCUCAUCAUUAGCGGUUUGGUUGUCUUUGUCUUCAUCACGGCGAUACUUUGUUCACCUGUAACAAACGAUGAUAACUGCUGUGAAUUGAAGAUUUCUGGAGACGAGCAUCCCUUCAAUGUUUAUUUCGUAAAAGAAGCUGCGCAAGUCUGGUCCAGAAAAGAAUUUUGCUACAUCGAAGCUGCGGCGAGAAAACAACCCGAACUAAGUAUACACUUGAUCAAUUUGAUGAGAAAUUCCAGUGCAUCAAACAUCUUGGAAACUCAUUUCAAAGUGGCACUGGCCACCCAAAAUGCCAAUAUUCAUGUUGCCGACUUGCCGAUCGACGAAUUUUUCAGCAAAUCAAAAUUAUCAAACAUUGCACAAAAUUUGACCAACGAAUUAUUAUUGAUGGCAGCGAGAGCAUAUUUGUUAUGGAAUUCACCCGGAAUCGCCAUGCAUCCUAGCGCGUAUUGCAGCUUGUCAACUAUCAUCAAAUCUCAAAAUAAAGAAAAAAAUAGAGAUUAUACGCCCAAUAAAUUGACAACGAUCGACCCAGCAAUCGAUUUGCAAGCAACAGAGGUAUAUUGUCAAGCAUUUCCAGGAUUUGUACUGCAGGAAAUAUCCAGGAAUAUUACGCAAAUUCAUAGUUUGAAAGAUGCAUUGGAUAAAUUUUGCCCCAGGAUUGAUAAUUGUCCCGAAGUACGAGUGGUUAAUUUAAAAUCGCGGUGUGCGGUUGAUGUUUUGGAUUGUCCCACUGUGUAUGCGACUGAAAAUGUUUAAAAAAACUUACGGUAAAAUUGACGAGUUUAUUUGAAAAGUUAUCAAUGCAAGAAACUUUAUGAUACAUAAUCUCUUAUAAAAGUUAAUCUAAUUUGGUCAAUAGAUAUGAUUUUUAGGAUAAGUUUUCAUAAAAUAAAAACGUUAAAGCUUAUUUUUUAUUUGGAUUUUAUUUAAAUUACAACACUGCAAGAUUUGUAAAAAAUGUGUAUAUAAUAAGAAGUACAGAGAAAUAUACAGGACAAUUAAAAAUUUAUAUACAAAUUUUUAUCAAUACUCAUCGUUCUGAUGCAUGUGAUCUAGCCCGAUUUGAAGUUUCGAUGUUCAUAGAGCCGUAAAACACCCAGCCAAGUCCAUAUUUCUGCCGCUAAACGUAAACAAUUCGUAUGUGUGCGUGUGUGUGUUACAUUUUAUGAA